AAAUCUCAGGAAAGUACCCCCCUUUUUGAGCCUCUCCAGACGGGGUGAUUUCUUUACUUUUGGAGAGCCCGCUUCCAUGUGUUUGUGCGCGGUUUUGCGCUCAUAGCAAUCCGGAAAAAUGUAAAGGCUUUCCAUCCGCUGGUUGGCAAAGGAACGGCUCAGUCAGAUCCAGAGUGUCUGGUCGGUCGGAUUUUCUUUCGUCACCCACCCGGUCCCGGUCGCUCUUUACGGCAGACGGUAGAUAGUCAGGGUGAGAGGAGGGUGGCAGUGUUUGUUGGGUGGAUAGUGUGGCCCCGGUUGCAGUGAGGGAAAUCCAACUGGGUUUUUGUGUGAAUUUCGUAUUGGGCCCAAACAAGCAGUGAAAGGAAAUUUGGCCAAAAAGGAUUUGCAUCGUUUCAUCUACUUCUCUUGUUUUGAACGAAAACAUUCGUUUCCAUUUCGUGGUUGUGGUGUUGGUGUGCAGCUUGAUAACGAUAAUGCAGUGAAAUGUUGAUAUGUUUUUCCAUUGAAAGCAAGAGCAAAUAAAGCAAAACUUUAUGCGAGUGGAUUGUACUUGGGAAUGAAGAGAAGCUAACGUACGAUAGUUUGUGCCCCGUGCUUCGUCCCAUUUCGAUGAGAACAACCAUUGGGCUGUGCAGUUAAAAAAAGAAACGGAAGCAAAGAACGAAUGUGCCGUGGUUCGGAGUGCGGGAAUUUUUUUUCUCCGAUUCGCGGGAAAAAAGGUACGUACGCGGUCAAGGGGUGGCGAAUGUGUUUGCGCUAGUGCGCGUGUGAGUGCGACGAAGCGGAGCAUUUUCGUCCUUUAUGAAUGGAAUGGUGGAGCGGAUUCGACGAAACGAAACGAAGCAAGUACGUAAUCGGAAUCGCCAUCAGUGAAUAAUACACACGGCACGGCAUAACAAUACGUGUACCAACACAAGCGAACGCACGUGAUCCUUUUCGGGGUGAACACGGGUGUAGUACGCACACAUCGAACGGUAACUACGUAAUCAGGAAGGAAAACGCCAUCCACACUAGAGGACGUGUGAAAAUUUCCCUCUGUCCUUUUUGUGGGCAACUCCCUGUGGGACAGAAGAACGUAGGAUAAAACCGAUAGCGAGAUUAUUACUCACCUAAAGCUAGCCGAGAAGAUUUUAUUACGGCCCACACAGAAGACACAGCACUUGAACAAGCCUUCGCCAAAGGACCAAUAUAAUUGUUUUGUAUAAAAUAAAAUACGAACGGAAAUCAUCCCAUUGAUCCCGUUCAUCUUCUGCGAGAAAUCUUAUUUUCACUCUCUGGCCAAGCCGUUAGAGGGAACGAAAGUAAGAAGCGUGGAAAAAAAUCCCACAAAUACUAAAGGUGCCCGAACGAACGGUAGGGAAGCAACGGAACCAUCAUGGGCACGGUACUGAGCUUUAGCCCCCGGGAGCGUCGACCCAUCUACUCGACGCACCAUCACAGUGCCGGCACGCUGUCCUCCUCCAACUCGGCCGACUUUCCGCUCAACAACUACUCGUACGAGCAGCUGAACAAUGCGAAGAAUCGCGAGAGCGCGCAAACGAAACCGCCGAACCUGAUACAAACGGUGCCUAACAACAACAACAACAACAACAGCCAUGGGCUUAACAUGAGCAAGGAUGACUGCAAGAACAAUAAUAGCAGCAGCGCGAACCUUCUUGGCUCCCAUGGUAACAACAAUGCCGGUGCGGGUAAUAAUAACCAUAGCAACAACAACAACAACAACAACACCAGCAACAACCUGCUGCUGUUGCAGCAAACGCACCAAAACAACAUCAUUAGCGGCAGUGCAAACAUUAACAACAUCAACAACAACAUCAGCGGUGGCAAUAACAACAACGGCAAUAGCAUACAGGAGCGGAACAACAACAACAACAACAGCGCGGACAGUGCGCGCAUCCUGUCCGAAAAGAAUGCGCUCGAGAAGAACUUGAAGAAGCACUCCCUCUUCAUCAAUGCGCUCUCGUGGAAGCGACUGGCGGCAUCCCAUGGCAAGAAGAAGCUAGACAACAACAAGAACAAAUCGGCCAACCUGGCAACGGCUACCAGCUUCCGGACGCCCCUUACCGACACGAUUCAUCCGCUGCUGGACAAAAACAAAAACCUGCAGCAGUCCCAAUCGUUCACGCAAACGAUCAGCAGCCAGCAGUUGCAGCAGCAGCAACAGCAACCGGCCACGAUCGUGCUGAGCCAGUCCGGAUCGGGCGUAGCCGGGCAACAGAGCUCCGGUGCGGGAUCCCAGUCCGUGGUGGGGUUGGGAGCAUCCGGCGCCACCUUAGGCCUUGCUAAUCAGCAGUCACAGCAGCAACAUCACCUGCACCAGCAACAUGGCCAGCUGGUGGUGGCUCAGCAGCAGCAGCAGCAGCAACAGCAACAGGCGGUCUAUUUUACUCCACGUGGUCCGAAAGCGCUGCUGGCGCUGGAUCUCGUGCGAGCCAACAACACGAACCCGCUAUCGCAACCGGACAAGCUGGCACAGAAACUUCCGCUACAGCUGCCAAUGCCACUGCAACCGAUCGUAAACCAGCAGCAUAACAUCCCGAUGGCCCAACAGCUGCACCAUGGACACGGGCCUAGGAAAACUGUCAUUCAGGCAUCCACGUCAGAGCUGCUAAAGUGUUUAGGAAUGUUCCUGCACGAUCGAUGCCGUAAGUUACGCGACUUCCAAGCCGGCGACGCUGUGAUGUGGCUGAGGGCCGUCGACAGAAGUUUACUGCUUCAAGGAUGGCAGGAUGUUGCCUUCAUCAACCCGGCAAACGUGGUGUUUGUCUACAUGCUCGUCCGCGAACUCGUGGAUGGGGAGGAAACGAAGGAAGCGGAACUACAAGCCGCCGUCCUUACCUGCCUAUACCUUUCCUACUCGUAUAUGGGAAAUGAAAUUAGCUACCCGUUGAAACCGUUCCUAGUGGAGGACUCGAAGGAUAAAUUUUGGGACAGAUGUUUGCUGAUCGUGAACCGGCUAUCAUCGAACAUGCUGCGCAUAAAUGCCGAGCCAGGCUUCUUCACCGAGAUCUUCACCGAACUGAAGGCGUGUGGCAUGAACUCGAAUGCGAACGCCGGCGGCAACCUGCCAUGUGGUGCGGCUUGACGCUCCCGCCAUCCACGUGAAGUUGUGGUCCGGUUGUCGAUUGCCGGCCAACAGCAGAAGUACCAGCAUGCCACCAGCACCCUGCAGGAGCUGACCAGUGUCGUCUGAUGAACUAGUGACAUUCGUUUAACGAGCUCAGCUAUGUGAGGUUGCCCUCCCUAGACAUCCCUUUUUAUUCUCUUGCCCACCCACAAAGCAAUGUCCCUGGCGUCAGAGCUGGACGAUCAACGCUAACUCCAUCAAUCCAUCACGACCAUCUUGUACGUUAUGAGAUCAGAAAAAGGAAAACGAAAAAGAGAAAAGUGACAUACAAAAAAAAAGUAUAAUUUGGUGGGAAUAUUUCGUUCCUAAUAUUUGUCAUACUCAUUGUGUUUGCGACUCAAUGUGUUUUUUAACGGUUGCGCUGGACAGCAAUCGGGCAAAAACAUUGGCGGUGCACAAGUUGAUCGAAGGGAAUAAGCGGGACAAAACAUGAAACUUUCGUUUAUGCGAGCUACAAAAAAACGAUCUUUUUGUGUCAACAGAAAGCAUGAACUAAAAAGAGGGUAGAAUGUUAAAAUUAAAAUCAAUUACUUGUCUGUCCAAGAAAGGCAUGGUACAAAUUACGGCCAGCCGCCAAGUUGAUCCCGCCCUAAUCGUGCUAGUGGAAGAAGCUAUAGCGACGAAAAUGGUGACUCGAAUCUCGAACAAUACCAAACGAGCCUGCUACGAACUAGUCUGUCCACGAGGACAUCCGUCUGUUAAUACCAACGCUGUACAAUGUUUCAUUUGUAAAGCUCCCCCCACAUUUAUCCUGUUGAGCGUUUGAUAUUUUUCUAGAUGACGUAUAAAAGUGUGCAAACGAAUACAAUUACUAGCAAAAGCAAAGAAAUACACUGCAAACUACAACAACACUAAAGUAUGGUAGUCGAAAGGAUAAUAGCAAUUGUUUGAUCGUUACAGUUGCAAGUUGUGGUGUUGCACACUUAACAGGAAAGAGUAGAAAGUGUAUUGCUUAACGCAAAAUAACAACAUACGUACCAGCUCAAUGGGAAGAAAAACUAGGAAACAAUGAAGUGGAUAACGUUGAAACAUGCGAUGUGAUUAAACAUUUUAAUUGUUCAUCACUAGAAUCAUCAGCGAAGAUGCAUUCCGCAACAGUGGCAACAACCAAAUAAGACAGCAAAAUUAGACAAAAAUCACAAGACUAAGGAUUGAAUACUUCAUGCGAAGUGAAAAGACAACGAGAUUAAAUAUCUCUCUCAAUGUUUUUCUUGCUCUGUGUAGCUUAAGAAAAGGGCAGAAAAGAAAAAGUUAAAACAAAACAAAUCAAACGACCCGCAAACCCCCUGAGCGACGAAAUAACGAAGAUACGAAAUAUACCGUACAUUAACAGAACAGAAAUACGAAAACCUACGGAAAACACUGCCCUACUCCUCCGAUGAAAUGGGAAUUAUCAGAAAGACGUGAAUUAAAAAAAGAAACACUUUGAAAUGUUGUACAAAACAAAAUCUAAAUAAACCCGAAACGUGUGACACAGAGAAAAGAGACAAAAGUGAACAAAAUAAAACAUUCCACAAGGAUAAACGAUCGAAGAUAAGAAAGGUCAGACUCGAUAACUCACGAUCUAAGGAUAACAAAAGAACAAGAGCUCACACACAAACACUCACACAGCAAAUGGAUGAUAGUUUUGGGCCGCUCUUGUUUCGCCACUUGGGCAAAGAAAAUAUUUGCUCCCCC